GGGCGCUGCCGCAGUCCAAGGUAGGAGCGAGCGCGUUGGCUGGCGGUGGGCUGUGCCGGCCGCGCUGACAAUCAGGGCGGGGAGAGGACAGGUCUGGGCUGGCUGCCGUGCCUUGCUCGGCUCGGCUCGGCGGAGGCGUGCGAGGAAGCGGCGGCAGGCGCAGAGGCGAAGCGCGCGCGGCGAAAAAGCCAUCCCAGCUGGCGAGCAGGAGCAGGAGGAGGAAGAGACAGCCGUUGUAGCUGCCAUCGCCAAAGAUGUCCAGCAAUGGGCUGGAAGUGGAAGACAAGCCGCCUGCGCCUCCGAUGAGGAACACCAGCACCAUGAUAGGUGCCGGCAGCAAAGAUGUGGGAACCUUAAACCACGGCUCGAAACCUUUGCCUCCCAAUCCGGAAGAGAAGAAGAAGAGGGACCGCUUCUAUCGCUCCAUCUUGCCAGGAGACAAAACCAACAAAAAGAAAGAGAGAGAACGUCCUGAGAUCUCCCUCCCUUCCGACUUUGAGCACACGAUCCAUGUUGGAUUUGAUGCUGUCACAGGCGAAUUCACAGGCAUGCCGGAGCAGUGGGCCCGCUUACUGCAGACCUCCAAUAUCACCAAAUCGGAGCAGAAGAAGAACCCUCAGGCUGUACUUGAUGUGCUAGAAUUCUACAAUUCCAAAAAGACCUCCAACAGCCAGAAAUAUAUGAGCUUCACAGAUAAAUCUGCAGAAGACUACAACUCCUCCAAUACAAUGAAUGUGAAGGCGGUGUCUGAGACUCCUGCUGUCCCCCCUGUGUCAGAAGAUGAAGAUGAUGAAGAUGAGGCCGCCCCUCCCCCAGUCAUCGCUCCUCGGCCGGAGCACACAAAAUCUAUAUACACCCGGUCUGUGAUAGAUCCCCUUCCUCCAGCCCCAACCAGAGAUGUGGCCACCUCACCGAUCCCCUCCCCUUCCGAAAACAGCACGACGCCCCCAGAUACACUGGCGAGGAAUGUAGAGAAGCAGAAGAAGAAGCCCAAAAUGACAGACGAAGAGAUCUUGGAAAAAUUAAGAGGUAUAGUGAGUGUGGGUGACCCCAAGAAGAAAUAUACAAGUUUUGAGAAGAUUGGACAAGGAGCUUCAGGUACAGUUUACACAGCAAUGGAUGUAGCUACAGGGCAGGAGGUUGCAAUCAAACAGAUGAACUUACAGCAGCAGCCCAAGAAAGAACUGAUAAUUAAUGAAAUUCUCGUCAUGAGGGAAAACAAGAACCCCAACAUUGUCAACUAUCUAGACAGUUACCUCGUGGGGGAUGAAUUGUGGGUAGUCAUGGAAUAUCUGGCAGGCGGCUCGUUGACAGACGUUGUGACGGAGACCUGCAUGGAUGAAGGGCAGAUUGCUGCUGUCUGCCGGGAGUGCCUUCAGGCUUUAGAAUUCCUCCACUGCAACCAGGUCAUCCACCGGGAUAUCAAAAGCGACAAUAUCUUGCUGGGGAUGGACGGCUCAGUCAAGCUAACCGAUUUUGGUUUCUGCGCUCAGAUCACUCCCGAGCAAAGCAAGCGCAGCACUAUGGUGGGGACACCGUAUUGGAUGGCUCCCGAGGUGGUGACGAGAAAAGCCUACGGGCCCAAAGUGGACAUCUGGUCUCUGGGGAUAAUGGCAAUUGAAAUGAUUGAGGGGGAACCCCCAUACCUCAAUGAGAAUCCCCUGAGGGCUUUAUAUCUUAUUGCUACCAAUGGGACCCCCGAGCUGCAGAAUCCAGAGAAGCUUUCGCCCAUCUUUAGAGACUUCCUUAACCGCUGCCUUGAGAUGGAUGUGGAGAAGAGGGGGUCUGCUAAAGAUCUCCUCCAGCAUCAGUUUCUGAAAAUUGCCAAGCCCCUCGCCAGCCUCACUCCUCUGAUUGUUGCUGCAAAAGAGGCAGCAAAAAACAACCACUGAUGUAUUCCACUUGACCGCGGUCAUCGUGCCAAGCCUGCUUGGCUUUUAAGUUUUUCAGAAAUGCCAGGUGCAAAGAGCUCGACUCUUCGAUGACUUCUGUGACCGUGCUCUGAGGCUUUUCAUCCGGCAAGAUUGCGAUCUCGAAAUUGAUCUGCGUCAGAAACUCAAAAGUAGAGUUUGAGUGGUGGUGGUGGUGGUGAGGAUUGUUGUGCUGUAACCCUCAAAACUGUGACCUCCAACUUGGAAUGAGAGAGAAUUUGUACAUUUGAAAGGGUCGUUAAAAGACUGUCUGAUCCCGGACAAUGAGUUGCCAAGACAGUAUGUUUUUUUUUAUCUUUUAGUGUGUUGUUUGAUUUUAAGAAGAGAAAAAAGAAUUACAAGGAGUCUUUUAAGACAAUUGAAUGAGUUACAUUUCUCACUGCCUGUGAUCUCUUUUUACCUCUGCGAGAGCCCUAUUCCUAGACUACUGAAAGACUGGCACAGUUUGGAUUAACACUGAAAUCCGGACAGGGUUGUGUUAUUUUUAAAUAAUCUCAAGGGAAAUGGAAUUUUGUUCUCUGAACCAUGGAUAUUUGGACGUGUGUGCAUGUGCCAGAGAAGAUGCUGAAAUAGCUAGAAUGAGUAACCUUAUACCUGUUGAAAGAUGGCAUGUAAUGAAUGAUCAUCAUGCUGCGUGUUUUGUUUUGUUUUUUGGUGAAACUUAAUUGUCCUCUGAUUAAAUUCUCAUCACUGUUUCCACCCUUCUGA